UAAAGUAACGGCUGUGUUCCAGGAAGUCAAGCACAUUUUCAAGGGGGAAGGAUUGCGUGUCAAUGGCGAGACGCUAAGGUUUUACUCAAUUAGUAAUAACACACGGAAGAGAAAAGUCAUGGGGCUGUUUCUUUUUGGAUUGUUUCAGUUGUCGGUGUGGAUAAUCUCAGUCUCAGGAGGCCCACCACUUACCAUAAAUCUUUACAGUAAUUCUACGAUGCAUAUAAAUAAGAGUAAAGCUUCACAGUUAAAAUGUGAAGUUUGUAUUGGAACAUCAUGCCAUUCUUCUCUGACGAUCAGUAGAAGCACGACGGUGGUUUUCAGCUGUCCACGACCAGAAGAUGUCUUUGUGGUGGAGAUUGUUAGAAACAUUGUAUGCACCAGUACGUGUAAUGGUAUGAUCACCACAGAGGACUACCCUUCUCUUCAAAACUUUAACCGCACCUUUACUUGGAACGUGACAAUCCAGGGCCACAAGGCUUUCUGCUUGAACUUUACCAGAGCUGGUUUAAGGCAGCUCCAACCUACAGAGCAAUGUCAAGACAAACACGUCUACACGUUUUCUACAGCCACAGCCACACUUGGGAGGUUUUGCCAUCAGGGCAGCAUCAAAAGCAUGGAGGUGCUUCGGGAAGGCAGUGUGUCUUUGCAGGUGCCUGGAAAAAAACAGCUGAAUGCAACAAGCUUUGGUGUAUCAAUAGGACCAGAAAUAACAUCACCUGCCAUUAUAAAUGCCAUCCUGCCGGAGGAGCCAUCAUCCCAGGAAUUCUUUUCACCAAACUUCCCAGAGAGCUUUCCUGAUGAUGACCUAAUCACAUGGGCCUUCCAAGUUCCAUCCAAGUACUAUUCAACAGUGCAUAUACUGAACUACACUGAGCCCAGGUGUGAUACGAAGGAUCCACGAAUGGAGUACCAACUAUAUGGCAAAACCUUUGUGAAAAAACUGAGUGAGGCACAGCUGUCUGAGCACCAGGGCUCCUUCAAUCUUUCACUGCAGAACUGUAAUGUAGACACACAAUCCUCCUCCACCGGUCUCACCCUGCAUUUUAAAAUAUCUGCCGUCCAGAGAGGCAGCGAAGUGCGCUGUACUAUGGAUCUGAAGAGGGAAAAGGGGCUACUGAUACACAUAACGAAAAAGAAACCCAAAUCAGAUUGCAUCUUGAAACUGUAUUCAGUAGCCCAGGAGACAAUCAUCAUCCCUUCACCAAUGGUCUCAUCUGUAUCUUUCAUUGACUGCAAAGAGGAGGACGUGCUCAUCACUAUAAACAAAACUAUAGAAUGUCAGCAGCUGAGUGACUGCCCAUUUCCUGAAUCUCUAGAGGUGCCUGCACUAGAUAAAUGUAUCGUGGGAGUCGUACAAGAGGUCCGAUGGCACCUAUAUGGGCCUCAGCACAGCACAGUGGAGCUGGUGUCUUCAGCAGGCAGCCUGCAGCAAUCGCUGCCUGGCUACACGUGCAACAACACAUCUGUUCUUCUCACUGUGUCAGAAAAUGAGCCCCAAGGCAUCACUGUUGGGCAGUUUUGUCCUCAGGGAGCUAUUCACAAAAUGCAAAUCAGUGUUGCAAACAUUACAGUGAGCGCUUCUCCCGCCGUUGGCAAGAAUUUAAGGCACAUCAACAAAUCCCUCUUACAUGUUUCAUUUACUAAAUCUAUACAAGAUCACUACAUUUUCACUGUCUUGCCAAAGAAGGAUAUACCAGUGCUCUUAGCAACUCCAGCAUGGCCGUUGGGAAUGAAGGCACAUACCACUGUCUCCUGGUUCGUCUCAUUUCCUGCACAGCUGGAGGCUCAUGUGAACUUUACCAAUGUUAGCCAGCUCACAUGUAAGCAUCGACCAGCAUACAUUAAAUUGCAAAGGAAGCAAUCGCAAGAUAAGAUGUACAGCUGGCAAGAUCAGAAUCCUAAGGAUAUGGUGGUGUCAGAAAGUUUCUACCUCAACAUGUCAAACUGCUUGCCAGUGAAAGGAGCCUUCAGUGUGGUCAGCCAGGUCACCCUGUACACAGUUAAAAGUAUGCUUUUGAGCAUCAUCUUGAGUGUUGUGGGCGUUAUUUUGCUGUUGAUGGCAAUCAUUUUAGCUGUGGUCUGUAUUAUGAGGAAAAAGAAGAAGAAGCAGAGCGCUCCUGAUGUCUCCGUCUACAAUCCCAAUAGUCAUUCUUUCCUGCCAGGCCUUCAUGGGAUUCCCCAGGAAAGAGAAGAUGAAGAUUAUCAUGUUUAUCAUUAUAUAGAUGACCACCUGGUAUACGGGCAUCUUCUGAAAGACUCUGUAGAAAUGAACGAGGUUGGAAAGCCAGCUGUAGGAGUUUACCAGGAUUUCAUCAGAUCCACAGAACAGCAGCCAUCCACAGAGGAUGGAGGAGGCAAGGAGCCAGAAGGGGUUUACAGGCCUUUCAUAGGGCUUCAGAGUGCACAAGAUGUGCCUGAUACACUUUUAAGUACAGGAGAAAAUUUGGCAUGUAAAGACAAGCGGGAAGCUGAUGAGGAAAUCAGUGGAGGCAACUCUGCUCAGGAUUGGGAAACUGUGCCAAAUAUACAGUGAGCACCAAAUGCAGAGCCAAAUGAGGAUUAAUAAGAAUUUAUGGAGCGUUUAAGAUUAAAAUUUGUAAUGCACUGGAAGCUAAUAUAAAGAGGACUAUGUCUGAUCCUGUUGGUGGAAUUUUUUUUCUUUUACUUCUUGAAUAUGUCUUUUUAGUCUGUUUAUGUAAGUAGCCUGUUUUGACUGACUGAAUUUCUACAUUUUGAAACUGUGCCUUGAUGUGUAUAAUCUCUUCCUGUUAAGACUGCAAAAUGUUUAAUUAGCUUGAAAUACAUGAAAAUAUAUUAUAUCUUAAUUGUGAAGUUCCACACACAGCCUGUUUUUAUUUAAAAUUUAUAACUAUGGGGCGGCACGGUGGUGUAGUGGUUAGCGCUGUCGCCUCACAGCAAGAAGGUCUGGGUUCGAGCCCCAUGGCCGGCGAGGGCCUUUCUGUGCGGAGUUUGCAUGUUCUCCCCGUGUCCGCGUGGGUUUCCUCCGGGUGCUCCGGUUUCCCCCACAGUCCAAAGACAUGCAGGUUAGGUUAACUGGUGACUCUAAAUUGACCGUAGGUGUGAAUGUGAAUGGUUGUCUGUGUCUAUGUGUCAGCCCUGCGAUGACCUGGCGACUUGUCUAGGGUGUACCCCGCCUUUUGCCCGUAGUCAGCUGGGAUAGGCUCCAGCUUGCCUGCGACCCUGUAGAAGGAUAAAGCGGCUAGAGAUAAUGAGAUGAGAUUUAUAACUAUUUUACAGUAUAUUUACAUUUUUGUUCUACAUAAUAGAAGCCUUGUGUCUGUGAUAAUAGCAAUAUCACCAACUUUGUUGUUUUAAUAAAAAAAAAAGAUUUUUAAAAAGGUUUGUCAUGUAAGAGGCAUAACCAGUGUACACUAGGUGCUAAAUUAGCUUGUAUGUGUGAUGAAUUGGGCGGCACGGUGGUGUAGUGGUUAGCGCUGUCGCCUCACAGCAAGAAGGUCCUGGGUUCGAGCCCCGGGGCCGGCGAGGGCCUUU